AUGUCAUGACUAUGAGGACGGCAUAAGGAGGACGUCUAAAUACCAACGAGAACGGUAGCAGGAGGGCACGGCCAUGGUGAUAUGACGGUGGUCGGUGUCGAACACGGUAUGCUCGCAACUUAGACGAGAGAGGCAGUCACCGCAUUAUACAGGACUGAGGCACAAAACUCUUCGCUCAGUAUGUGUUGCAGCGCCUCUUGCAACGACCAGAUACAGUCUGCUAAACUACACGAUACACCAUUUCAAAUUUGAGGUAUCUUGUGCCAUGUUAUACAUAAAUAGGACCAUUUUAAAUCGAUGUAGUGAGAUGAUUUAUUAGAUAUGGAAGGUAGCAUAACAAAAAAAAAUAUGCCGGAAACCUACAGCAAAGCACCACUUCAUUCGUGCAGCGCCGCAAGGGUUUCCCGGCACUCAACCGGCGGGUCUUGCACCACGGGCUCCUUACGCGGGCGUUCCACAGGUGCCGUAUGCGGCGCCCGCCCCCCAAACUGCACCGGGAGGGCAGCCUCUGGCACCGCAGGGUUUGGCCCCGGGUCUACAGUACCAGCCUGUGGCUCCCAGCUUCGGUGCACCACCACCUCAAGCUUUGCCCGCGCCAGCCGGGGGUGCCCUGCCUGCGACUGCCUUCGCCGGACUGGAUCCCGGACAACUUACGGUGGACAAUAUCUUGCAAGUCCUCACAGAAAGAGGCAUUGACUGGCGUCGCAUCAUCCAAGACCCCCAGUACGCGCCAAAGAUAUUCGCCGCCCAAUCGGACGAAGAUGAGAGCGACGAGGAUGAAGAGAGCGAGGAGGAAGAAAGCGGAAGCGAAGAAGAGGCAGGCUCGAAAGAUUCGGGGCCGCCUGGCUCCGGUGACGCACACACUGCCGGAGGUUCCCAGGAAGCUCCGAGUCAGUUUUCUUGUUUCCUGCUUUGUCUCCCACAUUUCUUUCAUUUUAGGGUGA